GAGAUAGACUUUGAAUCAAAGUACAGUCUGGAGGGACUACGAAGAAACUACGGAGCUGGCACUUUAUUAAUCAGAAUGAAGAUCAUUUCUGUCUUCUGCUGUCUUCUCUAUGCUGCUGGGACAGAGGGUGCAGGCACCAAAGUAGAAGGAUUCGAGGGGGGAGAAGUGUCGUUCCAGUGUUCACACAGAUAUGCGUGGAAUAACAACAAAUACCUCUGCAAGGAUCCAUGUAAAGACAGACAAGAUGUACUGGCUACAGUACAAAAUGGUGGGAGGAUAACUCUGGUGGACUCGGGGGACGGAGUCUUCAUUGUGACCUUCAGUCACCUCCAGCUGUCCGACAUGGGGAGAUACUGGUGUGCAGUGGAAAGAUUUGGUUUUGAUACAUUCACUGAAGUGCAGGUUACUGUACAGAAAGCAGUUGCAGUUGUGACCACAACUGCCAUAUCUCCCACAUGGACGUAUCCUAAUACCUUAGCAGAAUUAACACCUGGAACCAGUAUGCCUGCAAACCUUUGGACAGCUUCAAACAACACCAAUGGCGGAAAAAAGAACAGCAGCACAGGCACCGCGUUGUACGCUACAGUCGGGGCUGUUGCCAUGCUCGCUAUUUUGAUGCUGGCAAUAAUCAUCGGGAAACGCAGAGUAAAGUUAAAACGUCAACCACAAGUUUGCUCCAACAUCACAGACCUCGUCAGAGCCGAUGAAAGCGAGGCUGACUGUGAGUACGAUGAUAUUGGCGAGGACGUGCAGUCGACUAUCCAAAGCACGAUGUCGAAUGUAGCGCACCCCUUCACAUUUAUGAAAACAUCUGUGGCUCCAAAGGCACUGAACAUCCAAGACACUCAGCUGCAAAUGUCCAAGACAAACGUGACAUCAGCUGUGGGAUCUACAUCAAACCACUUACAUCUGAAAGAACAGUUGAAGGCUGUCUUGGAAAACACACAAAUAAACCUACAGCAACUAAAAAUGCAAAAAGCAAACCCACACAGAGCUGUAAAAGCAAUGCAUCCACCUGUGAUUCCACUUUGCUUUGGUUUGGUUUGGAUGUCUCUGGGACAGUGUGAGGUGGAGACUUGUAUGGACACUGAUGUACAACUGAACUGUACCGCCUACGGUGCUUCUUCAGUUUUAUCCAACGGCUAUAAUUCACUUUAUAUAAAUGUGUAUUCUUUACAAAGGGAUUGGAGACAGGUUCUAUCUUUGCAUUGAUUUAGUCAUUAUGUGUGUGCCAAUAUAUUGACAAUUUGACUUUCAACUGUAAAAAGCAAUAAACGGAAUGUGUAUUUUUACUUUUGAAUAUUAUUUAGUUCAUACUACAGUCCUAGAAUGUAUUAAGCUGAAAUGUCUAUUGUUGAAAGAGUUGAGAUGAUUGUAACUGGAACACAACAGUGUUAAGUCAGCAUUAAGAUAUAUCUGUACCUUUAAAAUCAACAUGAAGGCCUCUGUGUAGUAUGUUAAAGCUCCUUACUUUGGCGACUCCUAGUGGUCAUAUUAAUAAAGACACUCUGGCCUGAAAACUGA